AUGCCUGGCCGAUCGACGACGGAUUCUGCCUCGGCGGAUAUGGAGGGAAUUGCAGGCAUGGGAGGGUGCCGACGAGUCGAUAUGAAGCUUCGGGGUGGCAUCACCCUAGCCAUGAACGCAAAGGAGCGUGGAUUUUUCUUGCAGGAAGAUCCAUCACGAUUUGAUGCUCCUUUUUUCUCUAUCACAGCCAAAGAGGCCGAGGGCAUGGACCCGGCACAACGAUUGUUGCUCGAAGUCGCAUAUGAAACAUUCGAAAACAGCGGAAUACCAAUAGACACACUUCCAGGGAGUAACACAGCAGUUUACUCUGGCUCAAUGACCAAUGACUAUGAGCUAUUAUCAACAAGGGAUAUCUACGAUAUGCCUCACAACUCGGCUACUGGUAAUGGAAGGACUAUGCUGGCAAAUCGUUUGUCCUGGUUCUUCGAUCUCCAAGGGCCAAGUAUCAUGAUGGACACUGCGUGUUCUUCGAGUUUGACUGCAGUCCACCUAGCAGCCCAGUCCCUGCGAUCUGGAGAAUGUGGAAUGGCCCUGGUGACUGGAGCCAGUCUUAUCUUACACCCUAAUUUUACACAAAGACUCUCCUACAUGCACAUGAUGAGUCCAGAUGGAAUAAGUCAUUCAUUUGAUGAGUCUGCAAAUGGAUACGGCCGCGGAGAGGGCAUCGGUGCUGUGCUUUUGAAACCCCUGAGCGCUGCAUUGGCCGAUGGGGAUAAUAUUCGAGCCGUCAUCCGCGGCACAGGAAUUAAUCAGGAUGGUCGCACCCCUGGAAUUACACUACCCAGCCCGACAUCCCAAGCAAACUUGAUUCGUUCGGUUUAUGAACGCCAUGGUAUCUCAAUGAGAGAUACUGCCUACUUUGAAGCCCAUGGAACUGGAACUCCGGCCGGGGAUCCCCUAGAGCUGUCUUCUGUCGGAAUGACAUUGGGCGAGGCACGAACACCAACCGAUGAGCCACUAUACAUUGGCUCAGUGAAGACAAAUCUUGGUCACACCGAAGGAGCUGCAGGAGUUGCCAGCUUGAUCAAGGUCAUUCUAUGUUUAGAAAAGGGGAUGCUUGUGCCAAACGCCGGUUUCAAAAAUAUCAACCCCAAGAUCCGGCUCGAUGAUUGGCAUUUACGCCUGAGCGACAGAACGAUGCCCUGGCCGGACCAUCUUCCACAGCGGGCUAGUAUCAACUCAUUCGGAUUCGGCGGAUCGAAUGCACACUUAAUUAUCGAAAGCACCAAAGAAGCUUUCCGAGAAAAUGCUGAAGACAGGGAGCCAGCCCCUCGUGUGGUGGUGUUUUCUACAUUUGACCAAGCUGGCAUUGAAAGGACUGGUCAAGCUUGGAGCGAAUUCCUUCAACGUCAGAAAAAGGCCGAGCAGGAGAUCCCACUAAAAGAUAUAGCCCACACCAUGCUGACACGCCGAUCGCAGUUGGGAUUCCGCAGCUUCGCGGUUGCUAAUUCGCAAGACCAGCUACAGACAAUCUUGGACAAAGGACUUCCUAAGUACCCCCGAGCUAGUCGCAAAGCUCAAACAAAACUCGCCUUUGUGUUCACGGGUCAGGGUGGCCAGUGGGCUGGAAUGGGCCGGGAGCUUCUGAGAAUCCCGGUUUUCAGGGAAAGUAUGGCACGAUCACAGGACAUUCUUUCGGACUUGGGGUGUCCAUUUGAUAUUGUGAAAGAGAUAAAGGCAGAGGCUAAAGACAGUCAAAUCAACCGUCCUGAUCGCAGUCAGCCUAUCACAUGCGCGUUGCAGAUCGCAUUGGUUGAUCUUUUAGCCAGCUGGUCAGUUUAUCCCAACGCAGUAGUUGGUCAUUCUAGUGGUGAAAUCGCCGCUGGGUAUGCCGCUGGAUAUCUGUCCCACCAAGAUGCUAUGCGAGUCGCUUGGUUCCGAGGUUUCUUUUCACAGCAGAUCGCCCAGAGCGACAAACGGGGAGGUAUGCUCGCUACUGGCAUUUCUGCAGCUGACGCACAGAAGUACCUCGAUGAGUUGCCCCCACGCUCAGUUGUGGUUGCCUGUGUCAAUAGUCCCGCCAGUACAACCCUUUCGGGCGAUGUCGAGUACAUUGAUCAGCUUGAAGCAAGGUUACAACAGGAUGGUCACUUCGCCCGGAAGUUGCGAAUUGACACAGCGUAUCACUCCCCUCACAUGGAGGAACUUGUUGACGUGGUCGGCAAUGCUAUCGACUGUAUCAAACCAGAAGAUCGAUACGGUGGCUCAAUCCCCAUGCUUUCAUCGGUCACAAAGGAGCGUGUCCAUUCCGCUGGGCUCGGUGGAUCGUACUGGGUGCGCAACAUGGUCAGUUCAGUUGAGUUCACUGCUGCAGUGUCACGGCUCGCCAACCUGAGCGAGUCUAUCAAGUCUCGCAGACGCCCGGUUCCAAUCAAAUGGACUGCCUUGGUUGAAAUCGGCCCACAUGCAGUUUUGAAAGGACCUGUUACUCAAAUUCUGCAAUCCGUCAACGCAAAUAUGGCAUCGUUGCCUUACCACUCACUAGUUUCACGGAACAAGCACGCUUUGCAAACAGCGUUGGAGGUUGCUGGGUCUCUGUGGAGCACUGGGCAUACAAUAGACCUCGCUGCGGUCAACAGUUGUGUCGACGCCACAAGCCCAACAAUGGUUGCUGAUUUGCCUUCUUAUUCCUGGAAUCACCAAACGUCCUUCUGGCAUGAGCCUUUGGAGACAGCGCAAUUGAGACAACGCAAGCAUCCCCGCCAUGAUAUUCUAGGAGCUGCCCUGGAUUAUCAAAACGCCUUGGAGCCACGAUGGAGAAACUUUUUGCGACUCUCGGAAAAUCCAUGGAUGGCCGACCACGUUGUCGCCGGGUCAAUUGUAUUCCCAGCUGCUGGAAUGCUGGUGAUGGCUACCGAGGCAGCGCGUCAACUUGCUGACGGGCAGGCCAACAUAAAGGGAAUUGAAUUCCAGGACCUCCACUUCAUGCGUGGGGUGGUUAUUCCAGACGACGAACGAGGCUUGGAGACUCUCCUUCAGGUCUCUCCUCAUCCAGGGAUGCCAGGUUGGUAUGAAUUCGGAAUUUUCUCACUUCCCUCUGGUGGUGGCUGGAUUCAACACGCGAAGGGUGCAUUCAUUACACGAUAUGAGGAUCGAGACGGUGCCGAGUACAACUCAAAUUGGGAGGUGGCAUUGGAACGCAUUAAGAAUACGCAAACAGUCGCGAAAAUGGCUGAUGUCAGGCAAGCACGUGAAUGGCUGUCUCACACAGGAGGACUCACCGUAGGACCGGCCUUCCAGACAAUCACUGGGGUUUCCUUCUGUGAUUCAGAGCCUCGUCUCUGGCUAUCUGGGGUGGUCACUGACACAAAGCAAUCGAUGCCCUUUGAAAAAGAGUCAUCCAGUUUCAUCCACCCCACCACUCUUGAUUGCCUCUUCCAGUCUGCCCUUCUCUCUUGCUCCGAUGCACUCGCCAGCAACGACGCGAAUAUCCCCGUCGGAGUGGACAAUAUCUACAUCUCGAAUACCUUCCAACCUCAGCCAGGUGAGCAAUUUGUUGUCCACACAGAGACCAAGUGGCGGGAUGGAAAAUCGCGAAGCCACUGUAUCGCAUCGGACCCCUCAUGGUCACAGCCCUGGAUCACGUUUGAAGGUGUUCACCUAGGACGCCUUCCCUUCAACCCCAAUUCCCAAAAGCAAGAAGAAACGUCUUCUGAGAGCCGAUAUUCUUCAAUUGUUUGGGAUGAGCAUUUGGAAUCGCCACUUGUGACUAGCCAGAUCCAUGAUGGAAACAAGAAGGUAGCUGUCCAAGCCAGCAGUCUCCAGUUGAUUGACUGGAUUAAGAGACUGUGCCAUACCAACGGCGAUGCCAAGGCGCUCAUCACUACUUUGGACGCAUCAAGCUCUUGGAUUGAGAAUCUCCAAGAGCUUAUUCCAAGCGUAGGAAAGCGACCUUGCCUAGGAAAGGUCACGAUCGCCUCAUGUGGCCCUGACCAUCAGGUGAAAGGCAUUGCUCCCGCGGAAGCCAGCCUUCCAGGCACCCACCUAGUGCCACUCGCCUCUCUCGGCGAACUUCCGUCGUCGUCACUCUCUCAGGAUAAAUAUGACUUGGUCGUGAUCGAUGAACCUAACCUAUGGGAUGACAAAGUCACUCGGACCAUCCUGUCUUGUCUGACUAACAUUCUCGAACAUGGAGGCUUAGCAGCAAUGCGUGUGUCAGAUGCCGAUCUCAACUCUGCAGCGGAGACAUUGCUGCGAUUUGACGGCCUGGAACUUCACAGCACGACCGAAGACCGCAGGUUUAUCAUUGCGCGCAGGACCCCAGUCUCAUGGACAACAGACUCUGAAAUCUAUGUUUUGAGUCCAGCAGACAAGUCCAACUCAUUCCCUGUCUUUGAACAUCUUGAGAAAAUAUUUGCGACCCAUAACGUUCGACUGGUACAUGUUGGGCUGGAACAGACAGCUACACUGGCAGGAAAGACAGUAAUUUCGUUACUUGACUUGGCAAAUCCCUGGGUAUCCAGCUGGACGGACAGUGAUCUGAAACGCCUCCAAGAGCUGAUCCGAGCUCAAUACGUUCUUUGGGUGUCGCCUUCCUGGACUCAAGGACCGGUCGAUAAUAUUGGAUCCGGUGCAACAGGCGGCCUGUUGAGAACGCUUCGCAAUGAGCAGUGGAACACUACUAUCCCGCACUUAUUGGUCGACGUGGAAGACUUGGAAGACAAAUUCGGACUAGCUUGUGGCAUUCUCCAGGUCAUGCAGCUCACCACACAGGAGAGCUCACGCCGACCAGACUUGGAGUAUCGCCUGGCAAACGGCCGGUUGCUAGUUCCACGAGUCCUAGAGACGCCAGCAGUGGUUGAGGCCAUGCACACUCUAGUUAACGGCCCCAGGCCCGUACUGUCAGACCUAGCACUUGAUCCAAGACCACUUGAGUUGAAGAUCCAGGACGCAGAUAAUGUACACUGGGAGGAACAACAACUCACCGAAGAGCUUCCGCCAGACCACACUGAGAUCAAGGUUGAAAUGGCCACAAUGUUUGACUUACACUCAGAUCAGGGAAAGACACCAGAGACAGCUCUUCCAAUGUUCGAAAUUGUUGGAAAGGUGACUCGUAUCGGAUCAGGUGUACAUGACUCGGCCGUUGGCGACAAAGUUUUGACGUUAGCAUCGGCCAACUCGGGACUCUCGACAAUAAUGCGGGUUUUGGAGACUGACACUCUCAGAAUUCCUGCGAAUACCGACCCAACAAAGGCGAUAUCAGCUCCUCUCGCAUACCUCAGUGCUUACCAAAUCCUCACCCAAGUUGGCCGCCUCAGCUCAAGCUCAUCGGUGCUUUUGGUUGGGUCAACCAGCCAAACUCUCCAAGCCAUGAUAGACUAUGCCCUUGCCAUGAACAUGCAAGUUAUCGUGGCGACUGAUUCUCCACAUACCGCCGAAACCCUUCACUCUCGCUACCCGAUAUUGACGGAUCGAAUUUUGGGUGUCAACGGUAGCCUGGAGACCAGCGUGUCCAGGCUGACCAAUGGAUGUGGAGUCGAUGCCAGCGUUUGCUUCCUUGGCGGGUACCCCGGUCGGAAUGCUGCCAAGUGUCUGGUACCGGGUGGACAGUAUAUCAAUCUGUCCAGCGAUAUGAAGCUAAGUGCUCUCCCGGAAAGCUUCGUCGACAGUGGCUGCACGUUCUCCUCCCCGCGACUGCAGAAAGCAUUCUCAGAGAAGCCCGGGAAUCUCCAUGCCUCAGUUCGGCAUGUGAUUGAUUUCAUGAAGCAGCAUCGGAUGUUGGACCGUGUGGAACCUUAUUCCAUGUUCCCUGUUUCUGAUAUCCAAGGAGCUUUGAAGCAUUGCAAAGCAACUAACACCCGGGCUAUCAUAGACCUCCAGGCUCCCGGGAAGGUCCCCAUUGUGAUGCCAUUGCCAGAUCUUACUGGCUUGCCAGCAGAAGCCACAUAUAUCCUAGCAGGUGGACUGGGAAAUCUAGGCCUUGCGCUUGCCGAUACCUUGGUUCAAUCUGGGGCCCGGCAUUUGGUAUUCCUUGGACGGUCUGGUGGGGCGCAACCUAGCCAGCAGUUAUCCCUUGAUCUCCUUCGCGAUCGUGGUUGUCGCAUAGAUGUGCUACGCUGUGACAUCUCCCAACAGCCGGACAUCGACCACCUGUCAUACAAGAUCCGCAGUAAAGGCUGGACAGUCGCAGGCGUUAUUCAGUGUACAACAGUGCUGAAGGACGCAAUGUUUGAGAACAUGACAUUUGAUGAUUGGACCCAAUCCACGCAGUCCAAGAUUCGUGGAACAUUGAACUUGCAUCGCCUAUUUUCAGAGAAGGAAGACUUAGCCUUCUUUGUAGCAUUGUCUUCCGUGGCUAGUGUCAUUGGUAACAUGGGACAGGCUAACUAUUCUGCGGGCAAUGGCUUCAUUGAUGCUCUCAUGGAACGGCGUCGUAGUCAUGGACUCCCAGGUCAUUCUAUUAACAUUGGUCUUGUUCCCGAUGCCAGUGGAUUAAGUGACAUUUCGGAAGAUCCAGAGCAACGCCGCCGCCGGUACAAACAUCUUGAGGGCACUGAAAUCAUGACCCAUGAGCUCCAGACCUUGCUCCGAGUGAUCAUUAACAGCAAACAUUCCCUUCCGUCUCAGAUCAUUGCUGGUAUGACAGACUCGCUAUCUCGCAGCAAUGGCUCUACAGCCUGGGUGCUCGAUCGAAAGUUUGAUCACCGGCUUUGUCUCGCUGUUGAGGAUACUCAGGAUUCUAUUCAGACCAGCACCUUACUCAAGGGGGCUGAUUCCCUCGACACUGCAACUGAAAUUGUCCUCAACGUUUUGAGUGAAUAUCUAGCAGAUGCAAUGGCUACUACCGCUGAUGCUAUCGACUCAGAUCUACCAUUGUCUGCGCUGGGUGUUGAUUCCCUCAAAGCUACUGCCGUCCAAAACUGGGUCUCUCGCGAAUUGGGGUCAGAAUUAUCCUCUUUCGAAUUCCUCGGUUCCCAACCGACCAAGGCAUUAGCGAGGAAAAUUGCUUCCACUAGUUCAUAUGUCUCAGUGGCGAGCUGA